AUGAGUACCUCCUCGCCUCCCGACGAAUCUGCCAGCACUGCAAACACUGAGCUACAAUGGGGAAGAGUUUUGCUGUGUGGUGGGACUGACUGGCCACGCUUGGGUCGCAAGGAUCGCGGUGGAAGCAAGAAAGCACAAGAGCCCGCAAAUGUCGGUCCUGACCUCCUCGAACCAUAUAUACUGCGCUCUCUGAGCAACGUCAAGGUUACUUCGGUCCACACCUCUUGCGCAGGAUGCCAGGUCGUCGCGCUUGACGCCGACGGCGCUGCCUGGUUGUUCGGUCGGAACGACCGCGGUGUACUCGGGGUCGCGGGCGUCGAGUUUAUCUCUGAGAGCGUGCCGAUGCGCCUGACGGCGCAGGAACUCGGGGCUCCCAAAGGAACGUGGUUCGUGCACGCAGCUUGUGGGAGGAACCAUACCUUGCUUGUGGGAAGCGGUGGGCAGCUGUGGUCGGCGGGGGCGAACCCGCUCGGGCAGUGCGGCCAUCCUCCGUGUCCGGAAAUUCCUGCGUUCAAGCUAGUCCAAGGGCUGAAGCAUGGCGGUGUAAAGGAGCAUGUUGUAAAGGCGGCUGCUGGCACAACGUUCUCCAUAGUCGCCACAGCGAGCGGCAAAGUUUUUGCCUUCGGGAGUGGCGAGCAUGGUCAACUCGGAAACGGGAGGACUGGAGAGCACAUCGUCUCUGCAGGCAAGACAGCCUUCGACGUCGAGUCGGAACCGAUCCUAGUAAAGGGUCUCGAAGGCAAGAAGAUAACGAAAGUCGCAUGUGGGCAGCAACACAGUAUAGCCUUGGGCUCUGAUGGGGUCGUCUAUGUUUGGGGAUACAAUGGUUACUGCCGGCUCGGUCUGGGAGACCAAAAAAAUGUCCUUAUACCGAAACCCGUGCCUCAGUUUGCUAGUCCGAAUGAGCUCACCACGGGAGCCGAUGUGACGGCCGGGCCGUCCAACUCGGUUGUCGUUGACAAACAAGGGAUGUACUGGAUGGCUGGCAAGUGGAAGACGACUGGAGAUGGCUCUUCUGGCCAGCCUUAUUCUACCUUCCGGUACAUGCCAGAUAUCAUGGGCUGCAAGGUUACACAUGUUGCGUGUGGAGGAGUGACACAUUGGGCGCUGGCUCCCGAUGAGGAUGACAGUGUCAUGACGAUUGCGUUCGGCCAGGCCGCUUCCAAUGGCGAGCUUGGCUUGGGUCCCGACGAGAUCAAGAGCGCGACGAAACCAAUUCGGCACCAACCAUUGAUUGGCAUUGAUGUUUUCCAAAUCGCGGCGGGCCAGAACACGACGUUCUUCCUUGCGAAACCGAAUGAGAAGCUGUCAGACCUUCCAAGGCACCCCGUUGACCUCGACUCGCCUGAAGAGUGCAUUGUUUGCAAUACAGAGGACAACGACACGCCUUUGCUUGCAUGUGACAAGUGCGAUCAUCCGUACCAUACGAAAUGCCUCGAUCCCCCUCUGGACGCUGUGCCUGAAGGAGAGUGGUUCUGCCCUGAAUGCGAAGAAACCCCGGGGGGACCCGUGGGGCCUGAAGGGGUAAAGGCCGCAUCGGCCAUCGCGGCGAAGAGAAAGGCAUCGAAAAAGGCUGAAGUUGAGGAGGAAGAGGAAGAGUCGGGACCCGCCUCGAAGGCAGGACAGAAACGGAAGGCCCCAGCAGCCAAGUCUAAGACUGCAGCGAGCAAGAGGAGGAAGUAACACAAUUCCUCAAUCGAACGUAUAUUGGUCUAUUGGUCUAUUAUGGACAUACUCUAUGCAUUGGUCACAUAGUACUCU